AGUCAGCUGACCCGCUUAGGGAAAGCGGAGGCGCGUCGCAGCGCAGCUCUACUGCAUCGAAAGAGUGAUCGAUCCCCGCGACUUUCAUCAGCGAUCAUGAGCGGCGCACAGUCUCACGGUCGCUUCAGUGAUGAAAACUACAAAAACUGGCUGAAAACCACGGAGAGCCUUUACAUACUGAGGAACCGCGUUCGGGGCUUCAUCGAAAAGGAAACCGAAACCUAUCACAGUUCUCUUCGAAACAAACCUCAGCUCAACACACAGCCCUGUCCUUUAAAGUGCAAAAAUGCGAAUAAGCUUUGUCAGUCGUGUAAAGACUGGAAGAAGGAAAUCGGUGCCAAUCAUAAUGGCAAUGACAAUUAUAUGUACUGGGACAACUGUCUGCCUCAUCUAUGGCCUACGGAUAAGUGGGAAGUCGCCAAAGCACAUAUGCCGCGUGGGCACACGAAACAUCGCACGUUUGAUCAGUUUGAUAUUGCUGCCAUCCUAAACUUAAUGAAUUUCUGUAAACACUUUAAGAAGAUCGAAGGGAAGUUAUUGAGAGACGUGAUAACUGUACGGAACAACGUAAUGCAUUCACCCGACUUCAAAGUGAGCAAUGAGGAUAUGAAAAAGCAUCACAAAACGCUCCUGAACCUGGCCAAGGAGCUCGAACCGCACGUCCCAGAAAUGAAAGGCUUGGAAAAGGAGAUAACGAAGUUUUACAACAUUUUGGACAAGAAUUUCAGUCAAGCCCCGUGUGAGGUAGACGGUCAACAGGAAGAUGUCCAGGCCAUGAAAGACCGCCAGAGUGUUCGGGAUUGUGAGCAGCAGGCCAUGAAAGAUAAGAUUGAAGCGUUUAUCGCUCGCUUUGAGGAGAACCGAGAUGAAAGCGACAAGGAAAAACAUCGGGACAUGAAACGUUUCCUGGACUUCCUGGACCAAAACAAAGAUCUGCUGGAGAACCUCGGUCCUGAAGUUAACAAACUCAAAGAGAUGCAGGCGAGAGUAGAUCAACACGAGGAGCAGAUCAGCAACCUGACAGGAAGAGUGGACCAACUGGAGAAAGGGACACCUUUACCAAUGUUUCCUGGCAACCCACUUAAAUACAAAAACCACCUUUAUGAAUACUGUCAGUCAAAGAAAUGGCCAGAUGACAAGUUCCCUGAUUUUUCAGAGGAUCAAGAAUCCCAAGGUUACAGAGGUAAAGUGAGGGUGAAUGGGCAAAGAUUCACUGGCAAAAGGGUGUUUAACGACAAAAAGGCCGCUCAUCAGGAGGUUGCAUACAUUGCCCUCGAGCAGCUCAAAUUACAGGAAGAAAGCACCGAUGAACCAAUGAGCUCAGUCACGCAGCCCGAGGCCUCCUCUUCAUCUUCCUCAGGAAUGACUUUCUUUGGGAAAGUGACGGUGGAUCUCAAUCGAGAAGUUGCGUCUGACAGAUGCUCUUCUAAAGAAGAAGCGACUGAAGGAGCUUAUAAGGUUUUGUGGGAACGUUUUUGCAUCAGUGGUCCAAUAAAAGCAGGUCAGACCUACAAGUCAGUGACAGUGGGAUAUUUCAGUACAAAUGGCUUCCCAAAACCAAUAGAAGAUUUUGAUGACAGCACAACCAUCUGCAAGCUCAAACUCGUUGGGCCUUUUACUUUUAGCGACAAAGAUGGCUCCACCAAGAAGAAACAGGCAGAGCAACAGGCAGCUAAAGUUGCUCUGCAGCAUCUGUCAGGAAUCCUUGGCUGUCCUCCAACAUCAGAUACGGAGAAGAACUUCAAAGGUGUUCUGAAGGAGCGUCUAGACCAGCUGAGCAUCAGAAACCCUGUUUAUGACACAGUUGAUAAAGCAGAGGUCAGUGAAGAGCCCAUGGCCAUCGGCACCAGCUUGGACGCGGUUACUUCUACAGUAUCUAUCAGUGAGGAAGAAAUGAAAGAGCCUGCACGGCUCCCAUCAGGCCAGGAGUCAGUCCGUGUUCCUGUUCCUGUGCAGCCAGAUCCUCCAGACCCCAGCUCUCCAGCCUCACUGAGGAAAAAGCCCAGGAUGGACUGCCCAGGAAACACCUUUUAUGGGAAGGUGACUGUGGAUCUCAGUCGAGAAGUUGCGUCAGGCAGAUGCUCUACAAAGGAAGAAGCGGCUGAAGCUGCUUAUAAGGCUUUAUGGGAAAGUUUUGGCAUCAGUGCUCCAGCAGAAGGUCAGACGUACAGAACAGGGAUCAUGGAGUAUUUCAUCACACAUCAUUUACAAAAACCAACAGAAGAGUUUGUUUAUGAUGAAAACACAACCGUCUGCAAGCUCAAACUCACUGGGCCCUUUACUUUUUGUGACAAUGAUGGCUCCACCAAGAAGAAACAGGCAGAGCAACAGGCAGCUAAAGUUGCUCUGCACCAGCUAUCAUGGAUCCUCGGCUGUCCUCCAACAUCAGAUACGGAGAAGAACUUCAAAGGUGUUCUGAAGGAGCGUCUAGACCAACUGAGCAUCAGAAAUCCCGUCUAUGAAUCAGAUGAGAAUAAAGCAGAGACCAGCGAAGAGCCAGUCACCAGCGGUGUGAGCCCAAACCUUUCGAACUUAUCUGUGAGUCAGGCGGCAGCGAAAGAGCAUUCAGAGUCUGAAAGUACAUCCACAUCAGCUCAGAUCCCAUCAGGCCAAGAGCCAGUCCGUGUACCCGUUCCAGUACAGCCGGACCCUCCAGACUCACUGAGGAAAAAGCCCCGGCUGGAUUGUCCAAGUAAAGAUGAUGUGCUAUUGCAGGGGACACCAGUAGGGGACGCUAGUGAAAUCAACGAUCUGUUGAAUGUAUAUAACCUCAAGCCGCCACACGUGAACGUGGAAAACAUGAAGUGUGAUCAGAAUUUCAAAUGUACUGUGACAGUCAACCUGGAAAACUAUACUUAUGCUAACAAACUACAAGGGUACGACACCAAGAAAGAUGCCAUUAGAAAAAGCUACCUGUUAUUUGGCUGCGCGAUGGCCAUUUUGGAAGAUCCCAACGCAGAUGAAAAGAUGUCCAUUGCGCUGGUGAAGCAGCACUUUACUCAGAGGUCUCUUCCUCUUCCUCAGGAAGAUGUUGAAGAAUCUGAAAAGCUAUUUUACUGCUCACUAAAGAACAUAACUUACGAUGUGAAGUACGACGGACAAGGGUCCUCCGAGGAUGAAGCCAAGUUAAAUGCUCUCCAGAAAGCCCUAAGCGCACUAUCACCUCUCCUUGGUUAUCCUGCAGCGCUCGGAGCUGACAGCGCUGAGGAGGUGCACCAUCAGCUGAGCUCUAUGCUGAACGGGGCCCGGCAGAAAGAGCCUGUCCUUGACCUGAGGUCCGAGGAGCGGGCCUCCGUCCAGCUGUCUUUCUCUGAAUACACACUGAAGUGCACGUGUCAAAGCAACAAGAAAGCAGCCCGAAAUCAUCUGAGCGAACGCAUACUGGGUCUGCUGGGGGUCAAGACAGAAAACAAUGCGUCUUGGAGAAACAGCUUAGACGAGUGGUUCGCAAAGCAGAAUCUGGCAAAGCCGUCGUUUAAGGACACAGAAGAGGCGCUCGGAGCCAAGGCUACUUUCUCUGUUCAGUUAACCUGCUGCAGUCCAGGCUGGGAAGACAGCUGGGAAACGGCAAAGUCGAAGCUGCUUCAAGAGCUCAAGCUCAGAUUUCAGUUUCUGGAUGACAAAAACAAUUGAAAUGUAUUUUAGCUGGAAAAAAAUGGUCUGCUUGUCCCAGUCACUUACUCUAACUUGACUUGUCCUGGUGAAGCUUUUCAGUCCUGGCAAUUUUAGGGUGUUUUAUUUUUUCUUUUGAAUACAAAUCUAGCUUUACAUGUUUAAAUGUUAAAUUGAUUUAUUACAUCUUACAUUUCCCUGAGAUUUAAAUCAAAGACCAUGGCACUGAAUGAAACUAGAUGUAUUUUAAGGACUUUUACCACAGUUAUACCAGCUAAACAAACAAAUAUGAAUCUAGCACUGUGCGUAUGAUUCAAUGAGAUGAGAGACACUAUUAACAGUCUGGUUGUGAAUCUAUUCAUUCCACACUUGACCGAAGAGUCAUUUUACACUAUUUACUUUUAUUAGGAAUUGUAGCAUGAUGUACAUGAAUCAGAUCUUCAUAGGGUUUCAAGAUUACCUGUCUUUUAUAUAUUUAUUCAUUUUGAUUAAUGUUCCUCGUGAACUGUUGACUGUGCAAUUUAAAACCUGUUUACAAUGAGCUACAAAAAUGUUUUAGAAAAAGUGUAUUUUUGUGUAUUACAAAUGCUCUCUUGACACUUGAUUUUAAUCGGUAGGCUGUAUAACUGACUUAUGCAUACAUCUGUACAAAUAAAAUAAAUUAUUAUACAAA